CAAAUUCUGAAUUACAUACUCUUGCCUCAGCACCCAAUGGACCGCUCAAUUGAUCGACAGCUGCAUCGACUCCCCUUCUUCUUCUUCAUACUAAACAUGUAAUUUACACUCUUGCAUGACCGCAAGGUGGAACACUCACUGGAUCUCCACCACCACUUCAUCACUUGUGGCGUUUCAAUGAGAAAUUGGGUCAUUCAUGGGAUCUACUACGGGAUCAUCCACCGUUUCCUUCAUUGGAUGGCCACCCACUCUUCUACGUUUGUACUUACUAAUUCAGUAACACACUGGACCGUUCACGGGAUUCUGUGCUGGAUCUCUACCCCCUUCUAUAGAACCAACAUCUAAACUUGGACAACAAAUUCUUGUCCGAUAAAAUACUGGAUCCUUCACUGGAUGUUCACCCACUCUUUACACGUGACAUCUACUUCAGAAAUCCACCCUCUUGCCACAGUGUCAACUGGAAUUUAUGUUCUAUCAAUCAUUGCAUCUCUACUGCAUAUUCAUAUUGGACAUCUAAACCUAAAAAACUCAUUCUUUGUAUAUGCACUCACCAAAUCAUUCUCAGGAUUAACCACUAGAUCUACAUCUUCUGCUUCACCUAUAACAUCGAUUUCAGAAAUAUAAAUUCCUUGUUAGAACCUAUUUGUCCUUCACUGAGCCCUCCUGGAUCGUUACUGACUCUUCACAGUCAACAUUUAAGAAAGAAAUACACACUCCUGUGUCAAACAUCCACUGGAUUUUCUAUUCAUCACUGUCACUUGUCUAUGUAUUUUAAAUCUAAUUCUAGAAAUGCAACCCUCAGCCUUGGAAGUCAUUGAAUCCCUUUGCUGAAUCAUGUUUAUACGAUCCACCAGAUAACUAUUGCUGCUUCUCCAGUAGAUCACAGACUACCACAUAUUCACAACAGGAUCACCCACUGAAUCUUUCAUUGGAUCAGAGUUGCCAAUUGUUUUGAACACUUGAUUGAUUGAAUAGAACUAGGCUUAGAACCAUCUUAAUCAUCGCUGGUAUUUAGCACUAGAUCCCUCACCGGAUCCCUGAGCCCUACUGUCUUCUCUAACAAAAAGAAAACUUCUGGAGCCUCUACUGGAUCCUUGACCGGAUCACUAUCUGAUCUAACUGAUCUAACUUACUGACUUUAUCCAUACCUGAUGUCUUAUUCAGGCUUACCAACCAUUCGAUCCUACUUACUACCUGACUUUAUACUUACUACCUGACUUUAUCCAUACCUGAUAUCUUAUUCAGGCUUACCAACCGUUGAAUCCUGUAACAUAAUUUCCACUAGAUCAACUCCUGGAUCCAUCACUGUCUUAACACUUGACUUCUGAUUGAAAAAACACACUCCCCCAGGAUCUAACGGCUAACUCAUUGGAUAAAUGCAACCUCUUAAGGAAUCAAUAUGAAAAACACUGCUCAUCCUUAGCCCACAUUGGAUCGCCACAGGAUAACUGCGCAAUCAUUGGAUCCUGUAACGUAAUCUCCACUAGAUCAACUCCUGGAUCCAUCACUGUCUUAACACUUGACUUCUGAUUAAAAGAAAAACACUCCCCAAAGACCUACAGGCUAACUCAUUGGAUAAAUGCAAUCUCUUAAGAAAUCAAUAUGAAAAACACUGCUCAUACUUAGCCCACAUUGGAUAGCCACAGGAUCGCUGCCAUCUGUUUUGAUAUGUAACAUCGAUUCAAAAACUCUUCGACACCGAUUGGAUACCCUACUAGCUCACUACGAUUGCAAUUAAGAAAACAAACACUUCUCAGGACCCACUGGAUCCCUGCCAGCUCAUCUAAUGAAAAAAAAAACAACAACAACAACACCCUCCUCUGUACCUUGGGUUCCCCACUGUUUCAGCUCUACCACUUCUUCUUCACACGCCUCAUCUAAUUACGAUACCUCAGCACCCAGCAGAUCCCCCGACGGAUCUCUGCCGCCUCCUCUUCUCCACAUUCUCAAUGACAUACGCUCACACUCCUCCUCGUCCUCGCUACCCACUGACUGGCUCUUCCAUCGGAGCGUCCUUUUAGGAAUGUGAUCUGAUCCCUGAACUCUGCAGCAGCACGCAUUGAGGCUCCCGGUUUGGCUUGCACCUGGCAAAAAUGCUUCUCGCUGAGGCCUGAGCACCAUGACGAGCGGUCAAGAUGCUUGGGUCACGCUGACCCCUGCAGAAUUUGCUCUAUUGCAGGAGUACACUCAGUACUCCAGCAAGAAGCUGAAAGAUGUGCUGCAGGAGUUCCACGGAGAUGGCGUGCUGGCAAAAUACAAUCCAGAGGAGAAACAGGAAAUCCUCAGCCAGGAGAUCGACUUUGAGGGCUUCAAAGUCUUCAUGCAGACGUUCCUGGAAAGUGAGUUGCCGCAAGAGUUCUGCCAGCAUCUCUUCAUGUCCUUCAGCAACAAGGACCACGCCAGCCCGUCCUCGGACAAGCCCAGAGUGUCUGGCCUAAAGCUGAUCAAAAGCAACUCAACUCCCCUGAGGACCAAUACCCUGCCCGAUCCUCCAAAUAUGGUGCAGCUCAAAGACAUUGUGUGUUACCUGUCGCUGCUGGAGGGAGGAAGGCCUGAGGACAAAUUGGAGUUUAUGUUUCGCCUCUAUGACACCGACGGAAACGGAUCUUUGGAUAGCUCGGAGCUGGAGCACAUCAUCUCGCAGAUGAUGCACGUGGCCGAGUACCUGGAAUGGGAUGUGACCGAGCUCAAACCCAUCCUGCAGGAAAUGAUGCAGGAGAUUGACUACGACCACGACGGUACCGUUUCUCUGGAGGAGUGGAUCCAAGGAGGAAUGACCACCAUCCCGCUGCUGGUUCUGUUAGGUCUGGAGACUAAUGUAAAAGAUGACGGUCAGCACGUAUGGCGUCUAAAGCACUUCAACAAGCCGGCUUACUGCAACCUUUGCCUCAACAUGCUCAUCGGUCUCGGCAAGCAGGGACUCUGCUGCUCGUUCUGCAAGUACACGGUCCACGAGCGCUGUGUGGCCCGCGCGCCGCCCUCUUGCAUCAAAACCUACGUCAAGUCCAAGAAAAACACCGAGCUCAUGCACCACUUCUGGGUGGAAGGGAACUGCCCCACCAAAUGUGACAAGUGCCACAAAACCAUUAAAUGUUACCAGGGCCUGACUGGGCUCCACUGCGUGUGGUGUCAAAUCACGCUCCAUAACAAGUGUGCCUCCCACGUGAAGCCAGAAUGUGACUGUGGACCUCUGAAGGAUCACAUCUUGCCGCCCAACUCCAUCUGCCCUGUUGUUCUGGAAAGGCAGUCGACGUUGAGGAAAGACUCGCGGUGCAGUCAGUCAAGUCGUGGAAAGGUGCAAAGAGCCAACUCUGUUACCGUGGAUGGGCAAGGCCUGCAGAUCACGACAAUGGAGGGCACUCAUCCGCUGCUGGUGUUUGUCAAUCCGAAGAGUGGCGGCAAACAGGGAGAAAGAAUCUACAGGAAGUUCCAGUACCUCCUGAACCCGAGACAAGUGUACAACCUGGCAAAGAAUGGACCCAUGCCCGGGUUGAAUUUCUUCCGAGAGGUCCCCGAUUUCCGGGUUUUGGCGUGCGGAGGGGAUGGCACAGUUGGCUGGAUUCUGGACUUUAUUGACAAGGCCAACUUGGACCGGAACCCACCCGUGUGUGUACUUCCUCUCGGCACAGGAAAUGACUUGGCUAGAUGUCUGCGCUGGGGAGGAGGCUACGAGGGUGAGAGCCUGCUCAAGAUCUUACGCGAUAUCGAAAACAGCAGCGAGGUGAUGCUAGACCGCUGGAAGAUCGACGUCACGGCCACCGACAAGGACGAGCGCGGCGACCCGGUGCCCUACAGCAUUGUAAACAACUACUUCUCCAUCGGAGUGGAUGCCUCCAUCGCACAUCGCUUCCAUGUGAUGAGAGAGAAGCACCCGGAGAAAUUUAACAGCAGAACAAAGAACAAGUUGUGGUACUUUGAGUUCGGCACUUCCGAGACAUUCUCGGCCACGUGCAAGAAGCUGCAUGAUUUUCUGGAGGUUGAGUGUGACGGCGUGACCCUCGACCUGAGCUCCGUUUCCUUGGAGGGCAUCGCCAUCCUCAACAUUCCCAGCAUGCACGGCGGCUCCAACCUGUGGGGCGAGAGCAAGAAGAGGCGGGGUCACCGCAAGGCGGCCAAGAAGGGCCCGGAUAGGAGGACGCCUUUGACCGAUCCCAAAGAGCUCAUGUUUGCGGUUCAAGACCUGUCAGAUCAGCUGUUGGAAGUGGUCGGCCUGGAGGGUGCUAUGGAAAUGGGCCAAAUCUACACGGGUCUAAAGAGUGCUGGAAGACGCCUGGCGCAGUGCUCCUCUGUCACCAUCAGAACCAGUAAAUCCCUUCCCAUGCAGAUUGAUGGUGAGCCUUGGAUGCAGACUCCCUGCACUAUCGAGAUCGUCCACAAGAACCAAGCUCCCAUGCUGAUGGGUCCUCAGCCGAGUCGAAGCUUCUUCUCAUCACUGGUGCGAAGACGGCGGGCGGAAAGCAAUGACUGAUCAUUGAAAAUACUUCUCAAAGUCCUCGUCAGAGCCCGUAACAGCUCACACGGGCAAACCCUGGAUUCUCUCUGACCCGCUUGGAGAUGCGUGGAGCUCGCAUCCUUGCUUGCUAGCCCGCCGUGCUGUAGCAAAAGUGUAGGUUAUGCCAGGUGGGUGAGAGUGCGGCUUGGAUCCAGAAAAAUGCAGUUUUUUUUUUUUUUUAAUUGUCACUGUUGUUCCGUUGCGGACAAAUGUUUUGUUAUGAGGAGACUGCGCAAUUAUUUAUUCAUACACUGGUAACUUGUUUGAGUUAUGAGUGAGCUUAAGAUUUGACCCCAUUUGAGUGAAUUAAAAAAUUUUUUUUUAAAAAAAACAGCAAUUACAUAUUUUAAAAUCAAACUUAGUCCUGCGUUAGAAAAAAAAAUCUAUAUAUUAAUUUUGUAUUAUUUAUUUGUCAUCCUUAAUAUGUCAUUUUCUUAUUUUUAUUACCAUCAGAGUCCAAAAUUUAAUAUGGAAAAUAUAUGCAAAUUUUCUGUGUUCGAAAUUUGACGGGACAUGAUGAUGAAAUUGAGUUAAGAGCUGUAUCAUGGAACAAAUUCUUCUAAGUCAAGGCACCACUGUAUUUGUUUAUCAUGUUAGUUUUUCCCUUUUUUUGCAUCUCUGACGUGAUUUUUUUGGGCACUUGGUGGUCACCUCGCAUGUGUUGCUUUUUUAUGGACAAGGCUCACUACUGCCAGUUGUUAAUGAUUGUUAUAGAAAUAGAAAUGCAUGCAUGACGCUUUUUUACAGGAAUGGACGACUUCGCUUAAACCAGGUUUUCGUGUUUUAUUUGAAUGGAAAAAUAGCCUGAAUGACUUUUCUGUGCAGGCGUUUCAUUAGGGUAACAUGCCUUGAUUUUUUUUUUUUUUUUUUUUCAGUGAUUUUUGUUCAUUUUAUUCACACACACAAAAAUAACAGCAACACGAUUAUUGUUAAGUCGUACAGUAAGUAGCAGUACUAGUAACAGAGACUUCUGUAUGAAUUUUGGUCUCUGGGUGAUAGUUUUUGCGCUUUUCCUACAGUAAGGAAAUAGUCCAGUAAAUUUUUCGAUAAUUGAAACGCUGCGCAGCUAUUUAAGCAUUCAAUAGUGCCAUUGACGGUGCUAGACGUCCAAAUGUGGCUCAUUUCAUCCAGUGUUGUUUUUUGGCAUCCCUUCUAAUUUUCAUACUUUGUACGAAAAUAAUUAUUAGUCUUGGUCAUAGUUUAGUAAUUUCCAAAUUUGUCUUGUCACGUUUUCGUUUAGGAAAGCCAAAUUUCAACUGGCUUUGAGUUUGUGAGUUGACACAUACUCAAAAUGUUUUCGUCUGCAAAAUGCAAAAGUUUUAGUCCCCCCAAAAAAUAAAAUAAAGGUUUCCAGCAAUUUGGAACGUACAUUGACAGGCAAUCACAUCUUGUAGCGUCUACAAGAAUUACGCCAAAUUUGUGAUAAUCAUCCACAUUCAUCAGGUAAAGGUACAUUAUUUUCAAUUAAUUAUACCUACCUGGACGCCACAAACUUAAAAAAAAAAAAAAAAAGAGUUUAACAUGUCGCUCAUGCUAAUGAGAAAAUGAUUGCUAUGCUAACGCUCAGAGUUCCGUUGAGUGUGUGAAGAUCACUCAGCACAGACCUUUAGAGGCUAAAGCAACAUUGCUUAUUCUCUCUUGCCAACAUAAGAAUACAAAUCUUACUAUGUGUUUCAAUACAAGAAAGCCUGGAGCCUUUAGAGGACACCAGUGAGUGGGGGUGGGUGCAGCACGUCACAUGAGUGACACAACCAAAAAAAAUGGUACGAUGCAGGCUAACUACAUAUACUGUACAAUAAAUAAUGUCACGCAUCCAUUGAUAUCCAUUAUCUUCCGCUUAAUUCGGGGUCUGGUCGCGGGGGCAGCAGCUUUAGCAGGGAAGCCCAAAUUUCCCACUCCCCAGCCACUUCAACCCGGUCCUCCCGAGGCGUUCCCAAGCCAGCCGAGAGACAUCGUCUCUCUAUGGCAUGUCCUGGGUCGUCCCCAGAGCCUGCGGCCGGUGGGACAUCCCCGGAACACCUCUCCAGGGAGGCGUACAGGAGGCAUCCGAUCUUAAUGCCCUAGCCACCUUAGCUGCCUCCUCUCAAUGUGGAGGAGUAGUGGCUCGACCCUGAAUCCCUCCCAAAUGACCAAGCUUCUCACCCUAUCUCUAAGGGAGAGCCCAGAGACCCUGCGGAGGAAACUCAUUUCAGCCGCUUGUAUCCGGGAUCUUGUUCUUUCAGUCACGGCCCACAGCUCUUGACCAUAGUUGAGGGUAGGAAUGUAAAUCUAUUGGUAAAUCAAGAGCUUCGCCUUUUUGCUCAGCACCUUCUUUACCACAUUGUACUGGUGCAGAGUCCGCAUCACUGCAGACGCUGCACCGAUCUGCCUAUUGAUCUCCUGCUCCCUCCCACCCUCACUUGUGAACAAGACCCCAAGAUACUUGAACUCCUACACUUGGGGCAGGAUCUCAUUCCCAACCCAGAGAGGGCACGCCGCCCUUUUCCGACUGAGGGUCAUGGUCUCGGAUUUGGAGUUGCUGAUCUUCAUCCCAACUGCUUCACACUCGGCUGUGAACAGCUCCAGUGAGAGUUGGAGAUCACGGCUUGAUGAAGCCAACAGCACCACAUCAUCUGCAAAAAGCAGAGAUGCAAUGCUGAGGCCACCAAACCGGACCCCCUCAAUGCGUUGUCGUCUUGUGAGAUGAAAAUGGGCAUUCAUCGCGUUAUGUUUUAGUUUCCCUAUACACAUUUUUAGCUUGUUAUCGUGUUGUCAUCGUCAUGAAAAAAAAUUGUUCCUCGACGAAAUAUUUUCGUGAUCGCCUUUGUUGACGAAAACAAUGUUUUUAUCAUUCUGCUGUGAAGGUUUAUCACGAGUAGACCUCCAAUCCAUUUGAAGUGGGAGGGUGGCAGUGAAUGAACAACCCACUGACUAUAAAUGCAUUGGACGUCUAGGCCCGUCAAUGGCAGCCAGUGAGUUAAUUUAUUAAAUAAAAAUGGCCUUUAAAUCUUUUGUUUUUAAGAUAAAAAAGAAUGGGCGAAAAAAAAUGCAUCCAAAUUGAUAUUGGUAUUGUGAUGGUUUGGGGCUGCUUUGCUCCUUCAGGACCUAGACGACUUUGUAGACAUGAAGAAAUUGCAUCACAUUUAAAAUGAAAUUGGCAAAACCCCACGAGCAGUAAAUUAUCAGAUGAAUGAAAUAUUAACAAUGUCAACAAUUAAAAAGAAAAAAAAAAUCUUUAUUUUUGAGUAACGUGUCUGAUCAAUAAUUUGCCUUCUUAGAAUGUAGAGCAAAAUAAAGCAAAAUAAUAUGUACACUAAAAUUAGAUAUAUAAGGUUAUAUAUAUAUAUAUAUAUAUAUAUGUGCAAAACAGAGAAACUUAUUGUACAAAAUGAAUAUUUAAUAGUACAUAACAUCUCUUUAGUAUUUUUAGGAAAAUUAGUUUUUAAAGUUACUGCUUUGGCCAAUAGAAUACAAAAAAAAAAAAGAUUUUAUUUAUAUAUUGUAUAAAUGCUGAUUUUUUUUUCUUUUUAGCAAAUUGCAACACUUUUUAUGAAAAACAGGAAUAUGCAUACAAAAUAUUGCUACAAUUAAAUUAUUUUAUAACUGCUGAUUUUUUGUGUGCCUCAGCAACAGUUUGUCUUUUUAAUGACCUAAGAAAAAAAAAGCGCCUUCCUCAAAUUGGUGACACACUUUUCCCCAUCAGGAAAAAAAAACGGGUAAUCCGCAUAAUUCCGAUGUGCGUGCACUUGAUAAAUGUCGUGUUUGCGCUGCUGCAUGGAGUCUUUUGCUUUGCAUUUUUCAACAUUUUCUUCGUCACUCUGGAAAAUACUGCCACGUCUUGUUCCUCUUCAUAGGGGGAAAAAAUUGCCUGUUGAUGUCAACUGAGAUGAUGAAGAUUAAAUUUUCAAAAUUACAAAAAAAAAAAAACAUUUGUCCGACACCAUGCCUUGAGUAUUUUUUCCUCCAUGUUGCUGUUGACCGUCUCGGUGUCAGGUGGUGUUUGAGCAAGCGCGGCGAGCCUUCACGUCGCAUCGGCGUCACCCACC